AUGACGGUCAAUGUUUUCGCUGUACCUGUCUUCUUCAUCGUUUUUCGAGAGACGCUUGAAACGGCAAUCAUUGUCUCCGUCCUUCUUGCUUUCUUGAAGCAGACACUCGAUGGCCCGAGUCGAGAUGUUGGGGUGUACAAGAAGCUCGUGAAGCAGGUCUGGUACGGAACUGGCGCUGGAGUUCUGAUCUGUCUGAUCAUUGGUGCCGGCUUGAUCGGAGCCUUCUAUGGUGCUGGCAAGAACGCAUGGUCGAAGAACGAGUACUAUUGGGAAGGUUCUUUUGGCAUAAUCGCUUCCGUUGUCAUAACCAUCAUGGGCGCAGCUCUUCUUCGUGUCGCCAAGAUGCAAGAAAAGUGGCGCGUCAAGCUUGCGAAAGCUCUGGAAGAUAACCCAAUUACUGCUGAUGGCAAAAGGGGGUCCCUCAAGCGAUGGUGCGAGAAGUAUGCCAUGUUCAUCCUGCCAUUCAUCACCGUCCUGCGAGAAGGUCUGGAGGCGGUCAUCUUCAUUGCUGGCGUAUCUUUCUCCUCUCCUGCGAAAGCAGUACCUCUCCCAGUUGUUAUGGGUCUUUUGGCUGGAGCGGCAGUAGGGUAUCUCAUCUAUAAGGGUGGUGCCACUUCCAAACUUCAAUUCUUCCUGAUCGUCUCCACCUGCUUCCUCUACCUUGUGGCCGCUGGUCUAUUUUCCAAGGCGGUUUGGUUCUUCCAAGCUCAGAAGUGGAACGAUGCGGUGGGUGGUGAUGCAGCAGAAGUCGGUUCAGGCCCAGGAUCCUAUGAUAUUGAUCAGAGUGUCUGGCACGUCAACUACGGAAACCCAGAACUCAACGGCGGCGGCGGAUGGGGUAUCUUUAACGCGAUCUUCGGCUGGCAAAACUCAGCAACAUAUGGCUCCGUCAUCUCAUACAACGUCUACUGGAUCGUUGUCAUCAUUGGCUUCUUGUUAAUGCGUUACAAGGAAGUCAAAGGCCAUCUUCCAUUCGGCAAAGCUAAGGCACACCCAAGAGACGGGAGAAUUGGCAGCGGAUCCGAGAGUCCAAUGAGCAGUGAACGCCACUCUGAUGAUAAGAAAACGGCACCGGCUGUACAGAGUGUACCUCGGACGGUCUCUGAGUAG